CCCAAACAUGUUUUAUAACUGUUUAUUGCAGGUCUACAGAGAAACUAUGGAUUUUCAUGUUGAUCUUGAUCUUGUAACCAGUACAAUAAGAAUGAACUUCACAAGAGUUCAUUAGGUGUCUAUCCCCAUCACAGCUCUGCCUCGCCCAGGGCCCAAAUAAAGAGUAUCUGGGCCACUUUCUUACGAUUUUUCCGUUGAUUUUAUGUCCUCUAGGUUUUCCUUGCCUUUGUGCAAUGGCUAGAACCUCCAGAACAGUGUUGAAUACUAGUGGCGAGAGCAGGCAUUCCUAGGGGGUUUCCACCAGUUAGACAACCUGGGGUUCUCCGUGGGGGAGGAGGUCCCAGGACCCAGCAGGCCCCUUAAGGCCAGGUCAUCACUCACUUAUCUGAACUCGCAGCAGGAGCGCAGGCGAGCCGAGCUGGCUGGAGCCUGAGCAGCGCGGAGUCCACCCUGCUUGGGGCUCCCAAGUCCCGGCCCGCUGCCGGCCCCGACCCAGGACGGGGACCGGACUGGGGCGCGGGCUGCCUUUUUAGGGAGGCCAGGAGGCGCGGGUGCGGCUGCUGCGCCCCGGCCAGCCACCCGACUCUGCCCCAGCUUUUGCCCUACGGACCGUCCGCCCUCCCCGAAGGGCAGGCCGGGCGGGAUCUGUGGCUCUGGCCCCGGCGCUGGCGCGGAGGUGCUGGCAUUCGGGUGGGGCUGCCCUCUGCGCCCGCGAGCCAGCGCUUCCCGGCUUCUUCCAAGGGCAGGCGCGGAAGAAGGACUUGUGGUUCGGGGGCUGCGGCGAACAGACGCCCCAGGGGUGGAGGAGCGGCAGCAACCAACAGAUGCACAGAAAGGUGGCUUCUCUGAAGAGUCCUGUGUCCUACACAGAGAAACUAGACAGGGUUCAGGCACCUCUGGAUUCCAGGCCAACCUGGCAGGGCAAAGGUUUGCAUCUCAGCACUACCCCCUCCUCCCCAGCCCUGGUGGCCUCCAACAGGUCAGGUGAGUCUUCUGGGCUCCUCACUGCAGAGCUCCAGGCCACGGGAGGAGGCUGCAAGGAGGGCAGUCCUGCUGGGAUCAUGGCCCAUGGCCAGGCCCCGGAGCCUCUGCACUGGCCAGAAGGCUUGAAGGGCGAAGAGAUAAAGAAGUGCAGCCAGAUAGGGACACUACUGAGUAAAUACAACCAGCAGUACCACAAGUUGUUUCAGGACGUCCCCGUGGAGGAGGUGGUUCUCAAAGUGUGUUCCUGUGCCCUCCGGAGGGACCUCCUUCUCCAGGGCCGGCUCUACAUCUCCCCCAACUGGCUCUGCUUCCAUGCCAGCCUCUUUGGCAAGGACAUCAAGGUGGUCAUUCCUGUGGUGUCUGUGCAAAUGAUCAAAAAACACAAGAUGGCGCGGCUCCUUCCCAAUGGCCUGGCCAUCACCACCACCACCAGCCAGAAGUAUGUCUUUGUGUCACUGCUGUCCCGCGACAGCGUGUAUGACGUGCUGAGGAGGGUCUGCACCCACCUUCAGCCUUCCAGCAAGAAGAGUCUGAGUGUAAGAGAACUUCCGGAGGAACCUGAGUGCGAGUCUGUGCAGGAAGUCCUCAUCCCCGAGAUGAAGUGGAGAACAGUGUCCCCCCCAGACAGCAUCCUUCGUGCCCCUCGGGUACCCACGGACUCCCCGGACAGCUUCUUCCCCUCCGGGAAGCCUCCAGGCUGUGGAAAUGCUGCCUGCGAGGAGGAGAAUCUGGAGGAGCCCAGGAGGGGCCGGGAGCUGUGGCUCUGGGACUACCAGUUCCUCAGGGUCUUCAUUGUGCUGACCUGCUUCCUGGUCACGUUCUCAUCCUACCUGGCCUUCCGCAUUUCCCAACUGGAACAGCAGUUAUGCUCCCUGAGUCGGGAUGUCCCUGCCCCUGGGCACAGGCAGUAGCUGCUGGGCCUCUGUCCCACUCCUCCGAGAAGGAUGCUCUGGGUGCUAAGCUUCUGCUGACAGUCUCCGUGGUUUAUGCUGCUGCUGUGCUGAGACUGUGUAUGAAGGAAAAUAUUCCAGAUCCUUCCUCUCCUCCAACUCUCCCUCCUUUAGUGAGUGAUCUGAAGUACUUGUUUACAAAGCUCCUCCGGUUUUGGGACUCAGACAAAAUGGCAGAUUUUUGGAACCCAUGAGGAAUUCUGUACACCAGGCUUCAGCACCACUCAAACAAACAAAAAAUGAACUUGCUCCUUGGAAACAGUCUGGCACACGGGCAGAGCACUAACACCACCCCAAGGGACGAAGGCCAGGUCACACGGCUCCCUCCAACGGUGGGACAGAGGCCAGAACUCAAGCCACCAGUGUGGGCUCUGCUCUCUCCCAGCGCGCUGUGCUCUCACUUGGACCCCUGAGAGUCUCUGUUCUGGGGCCCACAGGGCUUCUUGUAAGGGAUCCAGGCACCCAGCAGACCUGGAGCAGCCUGGAGGGAAGGUGGGGCAAGCUAUGAGUGAGGAGGGGGGGCUCGUGGCUAGAUUCCAGCAGGAGAGGAGGUUCAUGCUCUGUGCUGCGGCUCACUGCCUGCACGAGGGACGCCGGCCGGGGCUGUGAAGGAGAGCAGAGGACCGGCAUUCUGUGUCCUCGGCUAACGGUCCCUAGGGAGGCAGGUGGGGCGGGGCCUUUGAUCACUGUGGCCACAGACCUGGCACUGGAUCUUCCUCAGGGGCUCAAAGUUUCCAUGGUGCCCCAGGCAGGGAGUAGGGGAUGGGAAGGGUGGGAGGGGUGGUGGCUUUGAUUUGGGGUCUUGCUUUGUGCUCCCUGCCUGACUGCCCAGACCUCAGGCUUGGCCAGCAGUAGCCUGUCGGGUGGGCAGCGUGAUGGCGUUGGGCCGCCCCAGGCAGGAAGGCAGGGCUCACCUGUGUCACCUGCAGUCAGUGUGCUGCAGGCCAUGGAGGGGGUUCCUCUGCUCCACGGGCUCUGUUCUCUAUGAAGCAGGUGGAGGUGCGCGAGGUGGGCCUGAUGUAGUGCGGGUACCAGCCAAGGGGCUCUGUCGGACAGCUCUGGAGACGAGAGAGGGAGGGGAUGGAAGAGUAGGCAUGACGGUAGCUCUGCCGUAGUCCUCUUCUCUGUCAAGGCCUUUAUUCUGAAAAGCUUCUCUGUGCUUCAGACUGCUGGCCUGCUCUCCCUGGGACUCCCAUCUGCUAAGACGGUGCUCUUGGAGGUUCUGGAAGGGCCUUUGUGAGGACGCUAGAAGUAUCAGGGAGAAGCCCUGGUGAUGGGGUGGGUGGUGUCAGAAAUAGCCACUCUUUCCCUCUCGAGACACCUGAGAGGUUAAUGGGGAGAGAUCCAGAUGGAAAUGAUUUAUUAUGGCUCCGUGCUUGUCUGUUCUGUUUAUAAGAAACCCAAAUGAGGACGGGAGGGACUGGCAGUAGGUGGCAGCACCCUUGGCGCCGUGCAGGCUCUUCAUUCUUCCCCCAUCCCAGGUGCUAGGACUGAGCCGGGCCCCUGUGCCUCGUGGGUUGCUUGCACCAAAUCUGUAUGUCUCCAGUGAAAUUCACUGUUCUGUUCUCCCAAGAGUGCCACACUGGAUGAAUGGCCAACCUUUUUUUGGAGCAGCUCCCCUUCAUUGCUUCUUUCCAUCAUAUUUUCAGGGAAAUAAUCCUACUUGCCCCAGCACCCCCCUCCCUGGAGCUUGCUGAAGUGCAGGGAGAAUAGAUCCAUUUUCUGAGCUUUGCUGGGUUGAACUAGAGGUUCAUGAGAAGCCGUGAGAAGUGCCAAGUCAUGGGUGGCUGUGCCAAGAUGCUGGUGAUCCUAGUCCCCAGCCACGCUCCAGGCUGAGAAAGGACAGGAGGCAGACUGUAGGGUAGGUGGCUUUGGAGGCCCUCCUGGGGUUCAGGGCUUCAGGUGGCAUAAGCAUGCCUGCCCCUCUUGAGAGCCCUGUUUCUCCCCUUUGUCUCCUAGCUGGUUCUGUAAGGCUUCUGCACCUUCUGUUGUGCUCAUUUAUAAAUGAGACGCAUUUAGACAGGCCUUGCUUGCAUCGGCCGGUGCUCCCCUAAUUCCCUAAGAGUUUGGUUCAGCUCUCCUUGGGUUGUUGCACUAUGGCAUUAGUCUUUGAAAAUAUUUUUAAAUAAAAAGUCUGAUUUUUUUAAA